AUGGCCUCAGCAUUGGAUCAAUAUCGUACCGUCAGUGCAGCAUGGGCGGAGGGUCGACUCGAGAAUGUGCUACAGCGACAGAAAGAGCUUUCUUUGCUACAUUCCAACAUCAAAAGCUCUUCUACGAAUCUGAUCAUGGCUAUAUGCGAUGAUCUCCAAACCUCAAAAGCAAGCGCAGCUGAUGAACUCCAAUUGGCCCUCGAUUCGAUCAAACGCCUCUACGACGACCUAGACUUUCCGAGUACAUUGGCCAAGGAGAAACAGGUCAAGAAUGGGGCCAGCUCAUCCAGCAACUUGAUACCUCUGGGUCCCGUUCUUAUUGAUCCCUCUCCCUACUCGCCAUUUCUUAGCGUAAUUGCACCUCUCGCUGCUGCUGUCGCAGCUGGAAGCACCGCUAUCGUGUUAGCCACCUCGGCGUCCGACAACCUUAAUACCGAGCUUCGCACCGUGAUCAAUAAGAGUUUGGACGUCGAAGCCUUUGCCAUAACAGAAGGUAGCUCAGCCGAUAUACGUCGAGAGCUCAGCAAACAGUACUUUGGCGCUGCUGCUCUCCAGGACUUGUCCCUACGUGACGACUUGUUUACGUCUCUUCAUAAGAAAAAUCCAUUGAUCAGAGUGCUUUCACCACCCUCCGGAAUCUCAGCUGCAUUUGUUGAUCGCUCUGUUCAAGAUCUGGAAGCUGUUGCGAGUCACCUUGUUGCCUCAGGCUACCGAACACCUCGUGAUAAUCCUUUGCGAACGCCACGUCUUGUUUUUGUCGACGAAAUACACAUUUUGCAGCUUCACAAGCUCAUACGUACAGGUGCUGGUGCGGAUGCAUCACUGUCUUUUAGCAACAACGGAGACGAAGCUCAGGCUCUCGAUAAGUUUCUUACAUCCAAAUUUCCGAACUCGAAACGGAACUUGCCCAAACAUGUAUCUGGUCAUCUGCCUGCUGUCAUCGUAUUAGACAAUUCCGAUGCCACUGUAGCCGAACACGUCCAAAAGGCUGCGGAAUUGCUUGCACACAGCGACAACGGUCUUCUACUGGUUCCAAUACGAAGUUUGGACCAUGGCAUCGAUAUUGUCGGCAAGAUUAACGGAAACAACCCCUCUCAGGCAACAUAUAUCUUUGCAUCCUCUGAGGUUUCUUCUUACGUCGCCAUGUUCACAAACACACUUCAGGUGUUCAUUAAUACCAUACCUCAAUGGUCACUAUCCACUGUUGCACCCUCAACUCCUUUCCUCGAGAGUCGCCUGCUGUACCGCAGAGAAGACUUUUCUGUCAACAAACCAAUCUUGCAGGAGUCGGUCCACCACGUUGAUUCCGUCAGUGCAGAAAAACAAUCUGCUUGGUCACUCGUGUCUCAUCACUUGCAACUGGGUAAGAUCAAACAGCAUAAAGGCGGAAGGCUCAGCUAUUUUGAGCGAGGUUUGUUGGUCGGACUGGCUUUAUCGUUAAUUGCUAUUUCGGGUACUGGAAUUGGCAUUUAUCGCGGUAUUCUACAUUUUGCCAAGCGACCUUGA